UUCUUUUCUCUCUCCUCUUUCUCUCUCUCUAUGUCUGUGCUCUGUUUUCUCUGCAACUAGCAGAGAAAGAAAGCUACAAUCUUUGCGGAAAUCGAGCGCCCGGAAACCACCCCGCACCACCACCACCACCACCAUCUCCGCCGAAGCGCGCACCCGCGAAAACCCUAGCGAGCUCGCGGCCCCGCGGGCAAUGGAGAACCUCCCGCAUUCCUCCCUCCGCCCGGGCAAGCUCCCCAAGAAGCCGCCGCCGCCGCAGCACGCGGCCGCGGCCAAGGCCCUCUACGACGACGUCUUCGGCGGCCCGCCCCGGUACGGCGGCGUCCCCGCCCUCCUCUCCCCGCGCCCGGAGGACUACGGCGAGAUAUUCGGCGGCUUCCACGCGCCCCGGGCCGCGGCGAUCCCCGUGCUGGAUCUCCCCCCCGCCGCUGCCGCGGCGGCCGGGGGCGGGGGCGGGGGCGGCGCGUUCGUCGACGUCCGGAGCCCCGGGUUCGACUACUCCGAGGUGUUCGGCGGGCCCGGGGGCCUGGAUUUCGCCGACGGGCGGGAGGUCUUGGCCGGGCAGGCCAAUGGUGGGGAUUGCGGGUCCAGCGAUGAAGCUUGGACCCCAUCAGCAUCAGAUUAUAUGUCCGAGGAGUCAGACCAUUCCGGGAGUAAUCAAUACUUCUCAAAUGGGGAUCCUUAUAAUUCAGUUGAUGCCGACAUAGAGUACAACAUGUCGUACCAUAAAGCCAACAUUGGAAGCAAUUCAGAAACUUCAAAUGGGAUUAGACAUGCAAAUCAGAUACAUGCUGUUCCCGGUUUCUCAUAUUUAGUAGAUCAAAGAUCUGCUAUUCCAUAUCAAGAGUGUUCAGAUCCAUCCUCGUGGCGAACUUGUGACGACAACCUAGAUGUUAAUUUUUGCAGGGAAAGGAUGAAGGGAAAAGGCAAACAUCUUAGGAAGACUGUAUCACACCUCUCUAACACGGACAAUUUCCGAGAAACAUAUCAAAACGAUAUGAGACCUCAGAGGGAAUAUGGAAGAAUGAAUUCUUGCCCCAAUAAGGCAUUUGUGACGAUUUCGGAGAUCAACCUCAGGACUGAACCAUCUCAUCUGCCACCACCCUCGAGACCGCCGCCUGCAUUUGAUUUCAAGAUUGGAGAUGCCAGUGGAUUGGCUUCAAGCUGGAAGGAGAUGUCUCCUGAAGGGAGUGAAGGUGAUGGUUCUCCCCGUUUCUUUGAUGUAGAGAUAGAUGCCAGUUCAUCUGCAGCAGUAGCCUCUGCUGCUGCAAUGAAAGAUGCGAUGGACAAAGCUCAAGCCAGACUGAGAAGCGCCAGAGACUUGAUGGAAAGAAAGAAGGAGGGUGUGCACCGUACAAAACUGGGUUCUCAUAAAGACUCUAAAGAUAUAAUGGGUAAAGUAAGAAGUAAGGUGGCCGACGGAAUGGAUAGUCGAAAGGUUGAGAGAGUGCAAGCCACCAAUCAGAGAGAUAGCGGUGAAAUGAAAAGCUUCAUAACGCGGAAUGUGAUGGAGCCACAUCAGGGUAGUACAGAUGAAAAUAUCUCCAAAAGACGAGGGAAAGGAUCGUCUUCCUCUCAGAUGUUUGGCUACUCUGAGGAAGCUGCUGAAUGGAAAGAAGCAACACUGCUUUCAGAAAUGACAGGAAUUGAUAGAUCUGGAGGGGCUCAUGAACAUACAAACAGGGAAAGAGUUCUUGAGUAUGAUAACGAUCAUGGCAAUGGGCAGAUUGGGAAAAACGCAGGUUUUGAAGCUUUUGAGACUCAAGAAAGCAGUAGGAAGAUGAAAGUGGUCAGAGAAGCAUAUAGGGGGAAGGAGUUUGAUGACAGUGGCCGAAGGAUGGGUAACAAGGAAAAUCCCACGGCAGCUAAGCAGGUCCAUAGGCAAAAAGACCCUGAAAGGAAAGAUAAAGUGGUUGAAGGAUUUGUUCAGAGUGAAGGGAUUGAAAAAAAGCAUAACAUGGCUUCGCAUCAGAUUGAAACUUGUAGUAGGCCUGAGAAUGCUCAAUAUGUGAAGAAAGAUGAGAGCAUGGGCAAAGUUCUGGGUGAAGUGAAUGACUUUGACCUUAGAAAGGGUGUGCAGCAUGGGCAAGAUGGGAAGAAUCUGGAAAAGGUGAGCCCAAGCUUUGGAUCUGAGGAAGAAUUAAAGGAGAGUUACAAGUUAAGAGAGCAGAUUUCUGACUGGGAAGAGAGAAGACCUGGAAUAGCUAUCGAGCAAGAGAAAAUUCAGCAUGGCAGAAGGAGGACGUUCGAGAUUGAAAAUACUGAGAAGAAUCUGGAGGGAGAUCUCAAGUGGACAGAAAACGGUCGAAAGAAGGAAGAGACUGCUGAAGAAGAAGAAAAGAAAGGGAGAUUACCAGAUGUGUCUAAGCAAGAAGAGGAGGAAAAGAAAUUGAAAAACCUCCAGGAGCUGAAAGACAAAGAAAAGCUAAAAGAAGCUCAAGAAAAAGAAGAGAGCAAGAGACGACUAAGGGAGGCUCACGAGCAGGAAGAGAAGAACAGGAGACUAAGAGAGGCUCGCGAACGGGAAGAGAAUGAGAGAAGGCAAAAGGAAAUUCUUGAGAAGGAAGAGAAAGAGAGGAAAUUAAGAGAGGCUCGUGAGCAAGAAGAGAACGAGAGGAGGCAAAGGGAAAUUAUUGAGAAGGAAGAGAAGGAGAGGAGACUAAGAGAGGCUCGUGAACAAGAAGAGAAGGAGAGGAGGCAAAAGGAAAUUCUCGAGAAGGAAGAGAAGGAGAGGAGACUUAGAGAGGCUCGUGAACAAGAAGAGAUCGAGAGGAGGCGAAAGGAAAUUCUCGAGAAGGAAGAGAAGGAGAGGAGACUAAAAAAGGCUUGUGAACAAGAAGAGAAGGAGAGGAGGCAAAAGGAAAUUCUUGAGAAGGAAGAGAAGGAGAGGAGACUAAGAGAGGCUCAUGAACAGGAAGAGAACGAGAGGAGGCGAAAGGAAAUUCUCGAGAAGGAAGAGAACGAGAGGAGACUUAGAGAGGCUCGUGAACUUGAAGCGAAUGAGCAGGAGAGGAGGCAAAAGGAAAUUUUUGAGAAGGAAGAGACGGACAGGAGACUAAGAGAGGCUCGUGAGCAGCAAGAAAUUGAGAGGAAUUUCAGGGAGACUCUUGAGAAGGAAGAGAAGGAGAAGAUGCUUAGAGAAGCUCUUGAAGUGGAAGAGAGAGAGAAGAAACUAAAAGAAGCUCAUGUAAGUGAUGAAUACGAGAAAAAACUGGCAGAAGGUAAGCAACGGGAAGACAGUGGGGAGAUGCUAAAGCCGGCUAGUGGAAGAGGAGCAGCUGAAAAAGUGGGCGAUAAAUCUCAAGCAAAUGAAGACAACGAGAAAUGUGUUGAAGAGGCUUCUGGGUUUGCAGAAAAUCGCGAAGUUUUGAUGGAUGUCCAGACGAAUGAAGAGAUCAAAGCAGCAUUUGAUAAGGAAUCCGAACUGGAAGACCUGGAUAAUGCAUUCAAAGAUAAUAUUGAGUUUGAAGUGAUUAAUGACAGGCUCCACGAAGUAAGUGAUAUGGGAGAAUUUAGUAGUCUGACAGAAGAUUGUAUGCUAGCUCAGAAGGAUCAGGCGUGCUGGCAAAAUAGGAAUGAGAAUAUCCGGUCACAUAGUGCGCCUGGGGAAUGUGAUGAAAACUUGGAUACAUCAACAACUACGGAGGCCUCUACUCAGGGCAAUAAAGUUUCUAGGAAUGAGUCUGGAAGUGAAAAGAAACCAUCAGCAGUUGAAAUUACAAAGAUGACUGAUGAGGGUAGUAAGUUUGCUGGUGUGGCCCAAGCCGAGUUGAAAAAUAGAGAGGAUGUAUGUAAAAUGGACAACAUCAGAGAGUCAUGGCCUUUGGACAACAGAGAUAAGACGACUGGUGCUACUUUUGCUGGGGUUGAGCAGAUGGAUGUUGAGGCUAGUGGAAGAGUCUCACGUGCCAGUUGCAGUACUUCAUAUAAUGAGGGAAAAUCUGGCCAUGAAAAGGGAGAGAGAAAAGAUAAUAUCAAGCAGAACCGGAUUCCGUUGCAGCAAAAUGAAAAGAAGGAUAAGUUUACAUCAACUCAAGUCUUGAAAGAGGGAUUUGAUAUUGGAAAGAAGACAGAGACAUCUCAGCCAGAUCUACUAAACCCUCAGAAAACAGGAAAGCAGCACAAUGCUCCCCAUAUUGGAGUUGGAAUAGAGAAGAUUGUAAAUAGAGCAACGAUAACAGAAUUGAAAGAUGCUGAUGGGUUGAGAAAAGAACAAGGACUGGAAAAGGAGCGCCUUAGAAAGCUGGAGGAGGAGAGGGAAAGAGAAAGGGAACGAGAAAAGGAUAGGAUGGCGGUUGAUAGAGCAACCCUUGAAGCCCGCGAAAGGGUAUUAUCUGAAACUCGUGAGAGGGCAGAAAGGGCUGCUUUGGAGAGAGCAACUGCUGAAGCUAGGCAAAGAGCAAUUACGGAGGCACGUGAAAGAUUGGAGAAGGUGUGUGCUGAGGCCCGGGAAAGAACAUCUACUGAGAAGUCAUCUUCAGAGGCGAGGCUCAGGGCAGAACGAGCUGCUGUGGAGAGAGCCACAGCAGAGGCUCGAGAGCGUGCUGCUGAAAGGGCAAUGGCUGAGAAGGCCACUUCUGAUAAGUUCCCCACUUCAAGAUAUAAUGGAAUGAGAGAAAGUUCACAAUCAUUGGAUCUGAGGGACACACAAAACCAAAGUGCAGGCUCUUCCAGCAGUUCAAGAUAUGCAUACUCCUCUGGAUAUAGUGGUUCUCAUAAUGCUGAGAGAUCUGAAGGAGUGGAAGGUGAAUCAGCUCAGAGGUCUAGAGCAAGGUUAGAGAGACAUCGACGGACAGCUGAACGAGCAGCUAAGGCUCUUGCAGAAAAGAACAUGCGAGAUCUGCUUGCUCAGAGAGAGCAAGCAGAGAGAAACAGAUUGGCUGAAAAUCUUGAUGCGGACGUCAAAAGGUGGUCAAGCAGUAAAGAAGGGAACCUACGUGCAUUGCUCUCGACGUUGCAAUACAUCCUAGGACCUGACAGUGGAUGGCAACCCGUUCCACUGACAGAAGUGAUAACCUCCGCUGCAGUCAAGAGAGCUUAUAGGAAGGCCACUCUCUGUGUUCAUCCUGACAAAUUACAACAACGAGGUGCAAGUAUUCAGCAGAAGUACAUCUGCGAAAAGGUCUUUGAUCUUCUCAAGGAGGCGUGGAACAAAUUCAACUCAGAGGAGCGAUAGCCCAUGAUUUCACAUUCCACUAUCUCGAUGUAAUUAGAGCCAUUACCGUAGCUCGUGGGUGCUGCGGAAAAGAACGACCUAUACUUAGCAAUAUUCGGAUGUAAGAGUAGUCUUCAAGGUAGUUUGUUCUUUCAAGUCUUCAAGCUAGGUUUAACACGUGUACAGAUGGAAGAAAGUAAGUCGCUCUCUUUGUGCUGCGGAAGCAAUUUCUGAUAGUCCAAUAUCCAUUGUUGGAGACCGGGAAAUUAGAAUCAUCCUGUCUUUCCUAUUUUUGGAGCAAUGCACGGCUCAUCCUUUCAUGAGCAUUAGGUCCUGUAUAUGUCCUCCCCUCUGUUGUGCGCUAGGAUGUGAAUGAAGUAGAAAUUUGGUGAUCAAAGUACGAUUAGUUGGCAGAGAAUUUUCCAACUUUUGAAGCA